AUGUCUGAAGUUCAAGUUUGGCGUGGCAUUUACUACAAUGACCUCAGAAAGCCUGAAGCUAAUGGGUUAUUAGAUCCUCAUAUGAAAUGCUCCAUAGUGCUCCUUGAAGAAAAUGAACGGCGAGAUUUCCUUAAGAAGAUGAGAGGUCCUAAACUUGAGCACUUGAAGAAGAUUGAGAUACUGGAAACAAUAGUCAAAAGGUGUAAUAGCCUGGGAGGAACUAGGCGCUCUGUUGUGUGCUCCAGAUGUGGAUAUAUUAACGGUAUGGUUAAAAAGAAACAAAUGACAAUCAUACACGAUCGUGCUAGAGUUGCUGACAGUGCUGAUUGUAGCUUGGAGGAAUGCCGAUUAGCUCUUUCCCACACAAAGGCAAAUAUGACCUUGCCUUUAAAUCUUGAUCCUAAAAGGGUCUAUGAGUUACUGACAAAUAUGCGUGAUGAGGAUUGUGAGUUGCUUUAUCUAAAUGAUAGACCUGAAAAUCUUAUGUUCACCAGUAUUCUUGUGCCACCAACUUCCAUACGACCUUCAGUUUUUGUGGAUGGUGGAACACAGAGGAAUGAAACUGACAUCACAGAGAGACUAAAAUCUAUUAUUAAAGCCAAUGCUAGUCUUCGCUCAGAAAUGGCAGAAACAGACUCUCAAAGCAGAUGCAUGGUAUAAUGCUGUUUAUGAUUUGGUCCCUUUUUUGUAACCUCUCUUCCAAGGAGUUGCUCACUUUUGUUA